CGAUAUCGGCAUCACAGCCACCACAGCCAGAAAAAAUUACCAACCCAAAAAGUAAAUUUCGAAUGUUUCUAUCAGAUGCUCCACCCGAACUUUUAGAUUUGAUCAAAAAUUCGGAAAUCAAGAAGCCCAACGAAGUCAAAAUUAAAGCCAAAAUUAAAGCUAGCAAUGUCACCAAAUCGAAAUCCACCAAGAUUCACAACCUCAACAAUAAUCAUGUGAGUCUCCACAAUAGUCACAGGAUCAACAUCCGAACCACGAACCAUCGUCCUCGUAAGAAUCCUUAUCCGAUGAAAUCACCCUCCAAGUCAUCACCCGGAAUCACACUUAAGCUUGACGUCUUUACGCCCUUUAAAGAGAAUCCAAUGGCCCUUUUACACAGAGACAACCCACAACCACCUUUAUCGGGUUGUAGCACACCAUCCUUAACUUCACCAUCAUCCCCAUCCGAUUCGACCCCUCCCCCUAGCCCAAAUUUGGCAAUGCAAAAGAAACAGCGCAAGAGACGCAUCAAGACAAAGAAUUCCAAACUUCCGAUUGUAGAACGUAAAAGGAAGAGCAAUAGUCUAUCCCGGGUAAUGGUGGAUCGUGGUCUCUUGGAGACAUCAUUCGAUACGUCCAACUCCGGCGAAAUAAAAUCUGUUCGCCUUCCGCCACCACCGCCGAUGGAAUGGGAAAAGUUGUUUGAAAAUAUUAACAAUAUGCAUCUGGAUAUGGGAAUCUUAAACGACAUCACGCCAAAAAUUACUUGGAAAGGCCAGCCCCUAUCCAUCUCUCAUUUACCCCAUUUUAAUGCCUUGCACCCAAAAGAGAUCAUGGUGGCAUCCACACUACGUCUCACUCCUGUGCAGUACUUGACCGCCAAAAACACUUUGGUAUCAGCCGCCCAACGUUACGUUCAACGAUCACUUCCUUUUCGCAAGAGCGAUGCACAAAAAUUACUCCGAAUUGAUGUAAAUAAAGCCAGCAAGUUAUGGGAAUUUUUCCAACAGGUUAAAUGGAUUUAA